AUGGAAAGCUUGGAGAAGGAGCAACAGAAUCGAAUUCCAACCUCUUCUGUCAACUUCCUUGAAGCACUUCCCGAUGUCGUCUUCGACGCGGUGAUGGAGUACCUUCCUGGAGGGAUCAUCGAAAGCACUGUUCGACAACUCUCGAAGAAUUGCUAUGAAAGGGUCGAGCUGCGCAGAGCAAGACUUCCUCCUGUUCAUAUCGAUCAGCUUUAUUUUGAGGGAAACAAGUUUGGCCUCUAUAGACGGCCUAGCGAUGGGGAAAGAACUUAUGACGAUGACGAGUUUGACUAUAGGGAAACGAUCGAUCCAGUCAACUUAAUUGAGCAUUUAGAGUAUUUGAAAGAUCGUAUAAGCUGCAACAACCUCGCCUUGAAUGACGUGAAUUGGGACAUGUUUGCAAAUUGCAAGUUUGAAUGUGAAGGAUUGCAUUGUGGGGUCUGGGAAACGACGCUUUCACCGGAAAGAUUCAUGGAUAUUUUCGGCAGUAUAAGACCAACACGCCGGCUAGCAAUUUUCGCGUAUGGCGACAACAAAAGUUUUCCGGUUCCGAGUGGCUUUUUCGCCAAUAAAUAUGCGAUUGGAUUGCAAAAAGUUACUUUGUUGGCUGACGGGAAUGCCAUGGUUGAUCCAUUAACUGACCCGAUCUUGUUGGGUUCAACUCUUUCGAAAUUCUCCAGUCACUUUCCAACAAGCACCAGGUGCACUCUUGAUGGGAUCUUACCGAUGAUUCGAGAGUGGUACACUUCAGAGCGGCAAAUUGAUAAAAUUUCCCUUUACGUAGUUGGCCGGGAAGUAGAACGUCAAAAUUUCUAUCACAAUUUACCUCAAUUGCAACAUGUAAAUUUGCUUUGCAAGUGGGGUGACAUCAUUUCUGCCCUCGCUUUGAAAAGAGCAAAUGGGGAUAUCGUUGGGCUUACUGUUAGCAUCGAUAAAGAGCAAGAGACGUUUAGCUGGUUCUCCAUUACUCGACUAGUGCCGGGCCCGAGAGCUGACUUAUAUAUGGCGUAUGACCACGCAGAA